GUCCCGCAGCGCUGUAACGGCCGGUGAGGGGGGCGGUAACGGCCGGUUGGGGGCGGUCGCGCGGCGCUGCAGGGCGGUGACGGCCGGGCCGUUCCCGCCCGCGGUACCUGCGCGGUUUCUGCCGGGCUGAGUCUCCGCCUUGGCCCCGCAUCUUGCCCCCGGGUCAUUUUGGAGGCGUUUCCCCCCCCCAUUUAGUCAUAAGUCAGAUGGAGGCAGGUCCCCCCGCCGGCUGCGAUGCCCGGCAUCCCCAGUCCUGCUGGUGCCGCAGCCCCGCCGCCGGGAAAGCUUCCCGCCUGACGGUGCCGGCUGUACCCAGUGCUUGGGGCGGGUUUUGCCCAAAGGGUUCAGAAGCAGCGUUUGGGGAAGGGGUGCCCUGCGCUUCGUAGAGAUGGGGAAACUGAGGCCCAAGGGCUGUCUGCUGUAAGGCGUCGUGAAUUAUGCAGGGCGCUGUGCGCUGCAGCCUGCUGCCUUCAAAGGGAAUACGUAAAGAGGCGGCGUUUCGCAAGACUUGUUGUAAAUGAGAAGUUGCAAGCUGUGGAGUAUGGAUCUCUCUUCCCUAAGCAGCCGAGGGGUUUAUUUCCCGGGGUGGGGAAUAAAACCAAAGAAGCAGAUCUUAGUGAUCGUUAAAAGGGUCGGUGGCUUGUUCGGGAGCUGGGGGGAGGCUGCAGAGCUGCUUAAGUGUCGCGGAUCAUCCCUGUCCCUUUAAAUGGUUCCCCUGAAACACAACUUGCCUCGAAGGUGAGCUGAGAAUUUGCCAGCCUGGGUGAAAGCUGGUGAGACCUGUCAGCACCUGGGUGUCCACGGUGCAGGAGGGACUGGCGGGGGGGGAUGGAGUACAAAAGACUUAUUUAUUCUCUGUGCACGGCAUUUGAAGGAUGGAGAGCCGUAACUUGGAUCCAAAAGGCUCAAGCACUGGAUUCAGAGAUUUUUUUUGUGUUGAGUUUUCAGAUUUUAAGGAGCAUUUGGGGGGGAAGACGCAGAGGUAGGCAAGGUCUCUGAAGGCUGAGGCAGGUGAGAAGGACUCGAGUGAAAACACUGCACAAGCUCCAGGAGUGCUUUCCUUCCCCGGAAAGGUGCAGCCCUGCUCUGCUCGUGGUCCUCGCCCUUCUCGCCGCUGCGGAGCAGCGGUGGUUUCGGUGGGGAGAUGGUGCAGCCCGGCGCAACAGCUCCCAUCCAUCAUCAGGGACACUGCAGUUCUGGGGAUCUCUGCAUUAGUAAUUCCUGCUGCUCCUCGGGACCCACGGGGAGUGGGUGGAUGGAAUAUAUAGCAAGAGGGAGAAAAUGAGCAAUCCUGGGAUUGGCGCUUGCCCGGAGGUGGCAGGCAGGGAGAGCAGCGCCGGUGGGGGCCCGACCUGGCACCGGCAGCUCCCGGGAGCCGGGCUGCCGCUCACCGCCGCUCCCGGGCACAUUCAUCUCGCUGCAUCGGCUAUGGGAGCUGAUGGCUACAGGCCAUCUCUGCAUAGGGGUGUGUAAACUCAGAAAACUUGGGCAUUUUCAGUUCAGAUCUGCGCUUGUGUCCCAGCACAACAAACAUGCCUGAGCAGAGCAAUGAUUACAGGGUGGUUGUGUUUGGAGCAGCAGGGGUUGGCAAAAGCUCCCUUGUCCUUCGUUUCGUGAGGGGAACUUUCAGGGAAGCCUACAUCCCCACAAUCGAGGAUACCUACCGGCAGGUGAUCAGCUGUGACAAGAGCAUCUGCACCCUCCAGAUCACGGACACCACGGGAAGCCACCAGUUCCCUGCUAUGCAGAGGCUGGCGAUAUCCAAAGGGCACGCUUUCAUCUUGGUGUACUCUGUCACCAGCAGGCAGUCCAUGGAAGAGCUGCAGCCCAUCUACGAACAGAUAUGUCAGAUUAAAGGGGCUAUCCAGAAAAUCCCCAUAAUGUUAGUUGGUAACAAAAGCGAUGAGAGCCAGAGGGAGCUGGAUGCCAGGGAGGGGGAAGCCUUAGCCAGCAAGUGGAAGUGCUCCUUCAUGGAGACAUCAGCCAAAAUGAACUACAACGUACAGGAGCUCUUCCAGGAGCUCUUGAAUCUCGAGAAGAGAAGAACUGUCAGCCUUCAAGUGGAUGGAAAGAAAUCCAAGCAGCAGAAGAAGAAAGAUAAGCUGAAAGGCAAGUGCUCUGUUAUGUGAUUGGCUUUGAGUGGCUGGACUUGCAUCGCUGCGUGGUGUAAUCGGAGCAUGGACCUAACAGAAAACACAUUUGCUAGAAGCUUCAGAAGAAUCCAUGCCUUAUCCAUGAUAACCCCAUGCAGGGUUAUCAUGUUUCUGCAGACCAUCAGUUGGGUCACUUCGUGUUGGUUUCAAAGAGAAUGGCUUUUUGCAUGUUGUUUUAUUGUUUUAAAAAAUAAACGUUCAGUGUUAGCCAUUACAUGUGAUUACAAGUUUUUAAAGCAAGAACUUUACAAAAGAGAAAAAUGUCAGUGUUGGAAGCAGUUAUCUUUAUUUCUGUGAGUACAUACUAGUUUUUAACUAUCUUCAGAUUGUGUUACCCUGAAACAAAUCCUAUGCUGCCUAUGUGUAUACAUUCAAAUGUUUUGAGAAAUAUGUGGACAAGAGCAAAUCUUUAACAAAGCUAGGGAUCUGCACUGCAAAUGAAUGUACUUAUAACUCUUCAGGCAUUUGCAUUUUGGGGAGAAAGACUGACUUGUCUACCAAAUAACUUCUCUCAUGGUAGAAGUUAAGGUUACCUCUGUGUGUUAUGCAGCUCCUGAGGUUUCUGCAGCUCUGUGAAUGAUUAAAGCUAUACUUGCAUGUAAUCAGGCUGUUUGCUCUUAUCUCACCUGGCCAACGGGCAUCUUUCCAAAGCGCUUUGGGUUGGCCUCUGGUUUUCCUUUUACCUUUUUUCACCUCUAUCCAUUGAUGCCAGGGUCAAUCCUGUAAGGUGUAAAGCAUCGUCAGGACUUAGUCACUGGGAGAAGAGGGGACUUGGAACUUGAGGAGUUCAGAGCUUCUUGUAGCCCGGACAACAGAUAGAAAAAGGCAGCUAAUUUUUCCUUUUACAUGUGAGCCUUACCUGGACUAAUGUUCUGUACUCUGUAUGGCACAUACCAGCCAUACUUCUAGAAGGGGUUUGAAAGGUAAAUCGGUCUCCCUACGCAAAUAUAAGGGGUCAGCUAGCUCUGUUUGUAGUGUGCACCAAGGGAAUUUGCCCCAUUUAGAGCUGAAGCUUUCAUGCCAUGUGAUUCAACAGGAAAAAAUUCAUUCAUGAUUUCAGAAAGCUGGGCAAGUGCUGCAUGAAUGUUCUAUCCAGACUGAAAUAUUCUGCAUUUUUCUCUCCUGAUUCAUAUGCACUUAAAACUACUUGUCAAAGUACUGUGUGGAUUUGCCAGGCUGCUACAAGGCUCUGCACCCGAUUUUUUUUUAUAGGAGAUGACCUACAGGUCCUUGAACUUCCUGUGCUGGAGCUAUGAUGCUCUUUUUUGUCCUCUCUGCCAGUGCUGUGUGUAACGCUUCUGCUGAAGCUGGGGCGAGUCAGGCUGGAGAGUGGCCGUAGAGGAAGCCAUAAUGGUUUUACUUGAUAAUAGAGUUGCUCUUGGUUCACCCCCCUCCCUCUAACUUUGUAUGUGAUUUUUUUGAUGCCUUUGUUCUUUCAUUCCUGCACAGUUAUGCAAUGCUUCUCUUCCAGCAUCUGGCAACGAUAUUUGCAAAGAUUGUUUCAGUUCCAUUUCAACACGUUAAAUUCCAGUGUUUGAAAUCCUGAUAAAACAUUUUGUAUUUAAGCCUUUCUAAAAGUUGUAAGGCUGAAUGUCUUUACAACUCCCACUGCCUUCAUGGCGAUGUCUGUGUGAAGGCACAGCAAUUAUUCACACAGUGCUCUGUAGUCGCUGUGACGUCUCCUCUGCGCGUGGUAUGGGAAUCGCUGGGAUGAGGGGCCAGAGUACAAGGAACAGCUAAUACCAACUAACACAAGCUCAGUCGCUCCAGCACCUGGCAGAGUCACUGGCAGACCUGCCAAGCUGCCUUGGACCGUGAGAUGGGGAGUCCCACGUGCCUGACCGGAGAGUGGUGGGAGAUGCUCGUGCUCCCGGCAACGGAGAGGGGUGAUGUCGGGCAUCAGCACGUCAAGCUCCAGGCUAGGAGCCUAGAGCAGGUCUGAUGUGAAUGACAGCUGGUGUGGCUACCUAUACUGCUUUGUAAAUGUGCGUUUUAGUUGUAUUAAGUCAAUUAUAUAAAGUAUGGUUUCCAUAUAAACUGAGCCAGUUUGAUUUUGUGUGUGUAAUGUGCUGUUCUUAUAAGAAGCAAAAUUUAUUUUAAUUGAACUGACUUUUGUUUAGAUGAUGGCUAUUAAAACUCCCACAAAAACCUAAAUUAGAAGGUAGUAUCUUUACAACUUGCCAGGGAACUACCUCAAAAUGACUAGCUGAUAGAAUGAAAAGUGUCGUGUUCCUUUGGGGACACUAGUUAAUUGUUGUAAAACAACGGCAAUGUUCCACUUUGAAAUUAAAGUUAUUUUGUAAGUCU